UGAACGCUGGCGCCUGGAAGCUGGAAUUCCCUCAGUUUUUUUGGGCUUUGGCCCGACCUUUGCGCCCCUUUGGUCUUUGGUUGAGAGGAAGAAUGUCUCGCAAAAAGAAUCAAUCCAAUCCUUCCAAACUCUGGACGAUCGCCAUGGGGAAGAAAUCCAAGAAGAAGCGUACUGCUUCUGCUGGUGGCUGCAGUCGUGCUGCUGCCGCCGGAAAGAAGCCGUCGUCUCAGGGAAUGACCAACGGUACAGGCAGCGCCAAUGCCAAUGCCACAGUUGGCUUUGGUGGUUGCAGUGAUGAUUCUUUGAAUUCAGAUAAUUUGCGCUUUUGUUUGGCAUUGGCGGCUGACAAGAAGAACCCAGAAGCCAAAAGGCUUCUCCAAAUUGUCAACAAAGCAAACAAGACAGAUAGAGAGCUUCUUGAUAUAACCAAGGAAUACUUUCCGUUCAAGCAGGAUGACAAAUGGAACAAACUUCGAGUAACUUACUUCCUCCAUUUCUACGGGCACAUGUACGGCAAGCUACAACAGUGGGAAUAUGGCAAACCUGUACCAGUAACAGAUACUGACAAAAAUUUCUUGAGGGGAAUCAUCCGGUCAGAAACAGAACCUGCAUUCUUUGUUGCUCAUGCCAUUGCUAUCAAUGGAUUCAUCAAGUUCAAGUUGGAGCAUAAUGUUGACAAGUAUCUCCAAGCUCUAUCCAGGUUAAUUGCUGUUUGGGAUUCAGCCAAAGAUGAGGACAACGCAUGUGUGCUGCCCAUUCUGUAUGACGAUGCAGAUCUCAAAAUAGCUCCCAAAACAGCAGGCGAAUUCCUCAUGGUGCUUCGAAUCACCGCGGAAGCCAGUUGUUCUAUGUUUCUCAUUGCAAAGUGGGACUCCAACAAAUUUGUGAAAGCUGUGUCUGCGAUUCCUGGGGACCAGUGUGACUGUUGUGGCUCACAAGAAAAGUCCAUUCAUGAAAUGGGAGUUUGUGGGCGUUGCCGUGUCACGUACUAUUGCUCCAAGGAAUGUCAGCAGAAGCACUGGCAGCAAGUGCAUUGGAAAUUGUGCCGCAAAAAGGGGGAAUUUCGCCGUGGUGAUGAAGUCAUCACACUAGAGCCCUUUGCAUCAGUUGGCUUUGGAGAACACUGUCGCAUUGUGUCUCGGGCUCCAGAUCGUACCAGAGGUCUCUGGAAUGUGGCUGAAAUGGAGGGAGAAGAGACAUGCAUCAUAUCUGCAGAGAAACUACGGGUUGAUAGCUGGGUUGUUCGGGGCUUCAUGGAUGAGGUUGAGGUGCUGAAACGCAUGGCGAUGGGAUAUCAAAAGGCAGCAGAAAACGCGAAGGAAGAUACUGGUCCACCCCCAGAAUCAUCCAGUCAAGUUGAUCUGUAUGUCAUAUCUCUUGAGAAGUGGGAUUGAACCAUCUCUAUAUGCUAGGGCUUAGGACAGUUCUAGCUAGUACUAAAGGAAGUAAUAAAAAUUUGCAUGUUCAAGCG